UUAACAUAACCUCCAAACUGACGCAUCCGCGCGCACGCAGGCGCAGAUCCUAUUUUUUGAUUGAUAUAUAAGGCUGCGGCAGUACAAAGGAAACAUCUCAAGUGGUUUUCCUACAGUCACGGUGGCAGUGGUAUUCGAAACAUGGCAGACGUCAUUGAUUGUAACUUUCCUGUUUGGGGCCUGCUGCCUAAGAAAGAGACGGGUGUCACUCAAUUCCUCACCAAAUACCCCGAGUACGAUGGCCGAGGUGUCAUCAUCGCGAUCCUUGACUCUGGAGUGGAUCCUGGGGCACCGGGUAUGCAGGUGACUACAGAUGGGAAGCCAAAAAUUAUCGAGAGAUUUGACUGUAGUGGAGCUGGAGAUGUAGACACUAGCAAAGUUGUGCAAGCACCAGAUGGAUAUAUACUUGGUCUAACUGGUCGUAAACUAAAGGUUCCAAGUACUUGGAAUAACCCUAGUGGAGAGUAUCAUAUUGGUUUGAAAAACCUGUUUUCAUUGUAUCCUGCUAAACUAAAAGAAAGAGUGGUGGCAGAACGUAAAAAGCGUCUCUGGGAUGAUGGACAUAAGACAGCACUUGCAGAGGCUUCCAGGCAAUUACAGGAAUUUGAAAGCAAGAAUUCACAAUUAUUAACUUUGGAAGAAAAACUCGAAAAGGAAGAACUUGAAGCUCGUGUCGAAGUACUAAACAAUAUCGAGAAAAAGUAUUGUGAUGUAGGACCUACUUAUGAUUGUGUUGUUUACCACGAUGGUAAUAUUUGGAGAGCAUGUAUCGAUACCUCCGAAGAAGGUAAUCUGGAAGCUAGUGUCUUCCUUGGUGAAUAUUCAGUUACGAGAGAUUUUGCUCCUCUCACUCCAGAAGAUCAGUUAAAUAUUAGUAUUAACGUUCACGAUGACGGAAACACGUUAGAAAUUGUCAGUUUAUGUUCGAGCCAUGGAACACACGUGGCGUCAAUCGCAGCCGCAUAUUUUCCCGAUAAUCCAGAGUUGAAUGGAGUUGCGCCAGGUGCCCAAAUCAUAUCACUAACCGUCGGUGACGGACGUAUCGGUACUAUGGAAACCGGAACGGCUGUGGUACGGGCAAUGAUUUACAUAAUGCAGCAUAAGAAAAAGAUUCACGUAAUAAACAUGAGCUACGGAGAACAUGCUCAUUGGUCGAACACGGGUAGAAUAGGAGAACUGAUGAAUGAAGUUAUCGACGAAUAUGGUGUGAUUUGGGUCGCAUCUGCUGGCAAUCUCGGGCCGGCUUUGUGUACAAUUGGAACCCCGCCAGAUAUCAGUUCAAGCAGUAUUAUUAGCGUUGGUGCUUACGUGUCCCCUGACAUGAUGGUCGCUGAAUAUUCUCUCCGAAAAAAGAUGGCAGGAAUGCCAUACACUUGGUCAUCUCGCGGUCCGAUGAUAGACGGAGGCGCAGGAGUGACUGUAUGCGCGCCAGGAGGUGCUAUCACUAGCGUACCAAAUUUCACUCUUAGGAAAAGUCAACUUAUGAACGGUACGAGCAUGGCAAGUCCGCACGUAACCGGAGCAGUGGCGAUUCUUAUAUCGGGGCUUCUUGCCAAAGGUUGUCCAUAUUCUCCUUACAGUAUCAAGAGGGCACUUGAAAAUACCGCUCUUUACAUAUCCAAUUUAGACCCGUUUGCGCAAGGUUCCGGCUUACUGCAAGUCGAAAGCGCAUUCGAAAAUCUCGCCUCAUAUUGCGACGCUCCCGAAAGGGACGUUCGAUUCGCCGUCAAUUGCGGCGUUAAUAAUUGUAAAGGUAUCCAUAUGAGAACAGGUAUUAUUGAUCGUCCAAAGGAUUAUGCGAUUACUGUCGAGCCAGUGUUCAUGGAUAGCGAAAAUAUAGAUCCGUCACGCAAAAUCGAUUUUAACCUGAAAUUAACGCUUGUUUGUGCCGCUUCGUGGGUCCAAUUUCCGACACAUUUAGACUUGAUGCAUAUGCCUCGUGCUUUUGCCAUCAGAGUUGAAGCUUCUAACUUACCAGAAGGUGUUCAUGCGACUAACGUACGAGCGUAUGAUGUAACCAAUAUCGCGAAAGGUCCAGUCUUCCAAAUUCCGGUGACUGUUGUUCAACCGAUGACGCUCCCGAAGACUGCACUUCUUCCAGAUUUAACGUAUACAAACGUUUUAUUUAAGCCUAAUACUAUUCAGCGUCAUUUCAUUCUUGUCCCGGAAGAUGCGACUUGGGCAGUUUUGAGAUUAAGAAGCACAGAAAAGGAUAAGACUGGUAGAUUCGUGAUUCAUACUAUUCAAUUGAAACCUCGUAUGUCUUGCAAAACUCUCGAAGUUAACAGAAUUAUCAGCGUUACGUCUCAGUCGGAAACAGUGCAACCAUUUGCUGUCCAGAGUGGAUUAAUUUUAGAAGUGGUUAUCGCAAAAUAUUGGGCAAAUCUGGGCGACAUGUUUAUUGACUAUUCCAUCGAAUUUCAUGGAAUUCACAUGAUCAAUGGCAGUCUUACAAUGCAAUCCGGGGAUGGUAUAAAUCGCAUUGAAUUACGUAGCUCUCUUAGAAACGAAGAGGUUGUACCCAGUAUUUCUCUGAAAUCAUCUGUUCAAAUUUUGAAGCCUAAUGAAUCGAAGAUUGCUCCCUUACGAGUGCGUGAUAUUAUCCCGCCAUCGCGACAAAUAUACGAGUUACAUUUAACAUACACAUUCCACUCGGCAAAAGCAACUGAAGUCACACCGAACGCUGCAUUGCUUAGUGAUCUGUUGUAUGAGAGUGAAUAUGAAAGUCAAAUGUGGAUGAUUUAUGACAGCAACAAGCAACUGAUAUGUUGUGGAGAUGCAUAUCCGUCUAAAUAUACAAUUCAAAAGUUAGAAAAAGGAGAUUACACUUUGAAAAUGCAUAUACGUCACGAAAAGAGAGAUCUGUUGGAGAGACUGACGGACAUGCCGUUACUUCUGAGUCAAAAGCUCAGCACGCCAAUAAAUUUGGAUAUUUACGCCAGUCAGUCGCAGGCUAUUAUCGGUGGGAAAAAGAUGGUAGCUGCAUCUAUUCCACCUGGUCAUAUUCUUCCUUUGUAUAUCUCUCCAAUGUCUAACGAGAGCAAAAUAUCCAAAGGCGCUACCCUCGGUAGUUAUCUUCAAGGUACAUUGACUUUCUGUAAGGAUGAUAUCGGAAAGAAAGUGGAUAGUCAUGUAUUCAAAUACAUCUUGUCUGAGCCCACCAAGAAAAAUAACAGCACCACUACCAAAUCCGAGAAAGAGAAAACCAUGACGAAAUGGGACGAGUACAAUGAGGCGCUGAGGGAUCUAAAGUGCAAUUGGCUCGCGAAACUUGAACCCGGCGAAUAUGCAAAUUUGUUGUAUGGAGAGUUGAAAAAUAUCUUCUCGGACCACCUGCCCGUCCACACUGCCAUGCUGACGUCUUUGGAUUCUCCUGAAGCACGUAGGCACGUGCCUCACGGCGAUCUUUCGGAGAACGCUAUCGCGCUCGCCAAUCAAAUAAUAACAGUAGCUGACGCCGUGAUCACGAAUAUCGAUCAGGACAAGCUGCUGGCGUACUUUGGCCUGAAGAACGACCAGCGUCCUGAUGCGGCUAAAAUCAAGGUCACGAUGGAGAAGCAAAAGAACAGUUUGAUCGAAGUAUUGGUGAAGAAAGGCUGCGCACUGGCGCGAUUGUACGUACAUGGCACAAAGACUGGUGAGGAAGGAUCUUAUGGACAUUUACUCGAGAGCGUUACGCAUCAUUGGCAAGAGGUGCAAAAGUUCGCAGAGCCUACUGAUAACAAGGUUAUAAUUUUGUCCUUGUGGCAUGCGCACAUCAAUAAUCACUAUGGGCGUUAUUUGAAAUUACUGACACGAUAUUACGAAGAGAAACCGCUGAAGGAAGUUGAUGAGAAAUGUAUCGAGAUCGCGAGGAUCCUGGGAUGGGAACAUUGGUCUCGUCUUAUCACCACGAUAAGCAAUGCCUGUACACUUAUAUGUUUGCUCGUGGCAGUACGAAUAUCGAGAGAACAUUUAUUGAUUUGUGAUGUAGAAAAAUGUCCAAAAUUGAACAUCAUCGUAGCAGAAGCCAUGAUAGAGGGCAAUGAAAUUCACGCAUUGCUCAUUAAGAAAAGACUUAUAUCAAAUCCUUAUUUGAAUACAGAGGAAGCUUUGAAGUAUGGUGGGAAAAGUUUGGAUAUAUUGAGAGAAUGGGUCACGCUGUUCGAUUCGCACAGUCACAGCAUCGUCAAUAAUGCAAAUCGUGGAUUAGUCAUUGCUCAGGUAGAAAAUGAUGUUCCAGACAGGGAUAUAUAUAGAACAUUUUCAACACUAGAAGCUUUCGAGGACUUCACAUCUAUGAAGGCAUCGCAAUUAAAGAUGAGGAUAGAGGAGAUGUUGCGUAUAAAGAUAUCAGUGAGUAACGAACUGAGAGAUUUGAGUGCCAAGAGGCAGAGGCUUCAAGUGGAAGUUAACAGUUUGACUCAGAAGAUUGACGAAUUGAAGCAGGAAUUGUUGCAUCAACAGACAGAUCUUGAUAGAUUAAAGAUAAGCGUAGAACAAGCGCAGGUAGCACAGAGAGAAGCAGUGGAAAGGAACACGCCUGAAUUGGCACCACCUAAGAGAAUACUGAUUAAUACUGUUCCUGUUACAUUACCAAGCACGGACCCACGAUCAUGUAGGAUGUACAAUUGUUUUGAUCACAGUCGAUGUGCAUUAACGAGCGGCUUCCCUGUAUUCCUGUACGAUCCAGAUCAAUUCCCAGUAGUCAAUUCAGGAUGGGAUGUAGAUGGCUUUCUGAAAACAACCAUCAAGCAAACCUUAGGAUACAAUUCACAUUUGACGAAGAAUCCAGCGGAAGCGUGUAUCUAUAUAGUUCUAAUCGGCGAAGCAUUGAAGUCCAAAUCGAAGGGGGGCGAUCAUCGUUAUACAAAACCUUUAGACAUAAAGAGACUACACGCGCUUCCUUACUGGGGCGGAGACGGUAGAAAUCACAUAUUACUGAACCUCGCGCGGCGAGACCUAUCCGCGGAUUCUGGGAAUAUUUUCAACAAUCUGGACACCGGCAGAGCGAUUAUUGUACAGUCGACGUUCUACAGAAAUCAGUUUCGCGCUGCUUUCGAUCUGAUCGUCCCGCCAAUCUUGGGGCCACCCGGUGGAGACGUUUGGCAAGAAUGCGCGCAAAUGCUGCCUGCGAGAAGGAAAUAUCUGUUGUCCUUCCAAGGGGAGAUGAGGACCUACAAGGGUACACCGAUGACGCAUCAAAUAGACGAUCCCGAUGUGGACCUGGAGAGAUUAGCGGUGGACGACAACAACAUAGACGCGUUUAUCAUUCAGCAUCUGAAAGACAUGAGCAGCGGAGUGACUUUAGACAAGUUUUUCAUUCAAUUCGAGUGCAUUCCCGCUUCCGUGGAGAGUAAACCCGUGGAGGCUCUCGAUUGGUCUCUCUGCGGCACCGACUCCUCCAGACGAGCUAUUUUGAAGGAAUCAACAUUCGCGCUGAUCUUAGCGCCUAGAAAUGCUACAUUGCUGACUACUUCAUCCAUGCAGGCGAGAUUAUACGAAGCGUUACGAUCCGGAUCGAUACCAGUGAUUUUGGGUGGCGAUCAGAUCUUGCUCAAUUACAACGAAGUUAUCGCCUGGAAGAGAGCGGUCAUCUUUCUGCCUAAGGCUAGAGUAACUGAAAUGCACUUCCUGUUACGCGCUGUUCCCGACAACGAUCUCUUAAUGAUGCGAAGACAAGGCAGAUUGAUAUGGGAACGUUACAUGAGCACCGCUCAAGGUGCGAUGGACACGAUCUUAGCAGUGGUCAGAGACAGACUCGGCAUACCGCCAUUGCCAGCGUCUCAGACACUCAGUCCUAGUGUUUUCAAUGAAAGUUUUGUGCCUUUAAAGUCAGAUACCAUCAUCGCGGAACCAGAGGCUGAGGAAAGUUUAGGUCCUUUGGAGCCACCGUAUCCAUCUCCUGCUUUCAAGAGAAAUUAUACGACGCUGUUGAUUCAAGGUCACGAGAUUUGGAAUGAUUGGAUGGAUCCGUUCAAUUUGUAUCCGCAGUUACCUUUCGACACCAUCCUGCCUAGCGACGCGAAAUUUCUCGGCUCAGAAGUUGGUUUUCGACCUAUUGGCAAAGGUGCCGGCGGUGCUGGAAAGGAGUUCAGUGAAUCAUUAGGAGGAAAUUAUCCGAGAGAACAGUUCACGAUUGUCAUGUUAACGUAUGAGAGAGAACAAGUUCUUAUAAAUUCGCUGGCACGUCUUUACGGCUUGCCUUACUUGAACAAAGUAAUCGUGGUGUGGAACAGCCCGAAGCCACCUGUAGAGGAUCUCAAGUGGCCCGACAUAGGCGUUCCUAUACAUGUUAUAAAGGCUUCAAAAAACAGCUUGAAUAAUAGAUUCCUCCCGUUCGAUGCGAUUGAGACAGAAGCUGUCCUUUCUGUUGACGAUGACGCUCAUUUGAGACACGAUGAGAUUAUGUUCGGUUUCAGAGUAUGGAGGGAACAUCGAGAUCGCGUGGUUGGAUUUCCUGGGCGCUUUCACGCGUGGGAUCAAAACUACCAUAACGCUUGGAACUAUAAUUCUAACUAUUCUUGCGAAUUGUCCAUGGUCUUAACCGGAGCCGCUUUCAUUCACAAACAUUAUACAUAUCUAUAUACUCAUUGGUUACCACAGGCAAUCAGAGAUAAAGUCGACGAAUAUAUGAAUUGCGAAGAUAUCGCCAUGAACUUCUUAAUAUCUCACAUCACGAGAAAACCACCAGUUAAAGUAACAUCACGUUGGACGUUCAGAUGUCCGGGUUGUCCAGUAUCAUUAUCUGAAGAUGAUACACAUUUUCAAGAGAGACAUAAGUGCAUCAAUUUCUUUUCUGAGGUUUUUGGAUAUAUGCCAUUAUUGAAUACGCAAUAUCGAGCCGAUUCGAUAUUAUUUAAGACACGAAUACCACAUGAUAAACAAAAAUGCUUCAAGUUUAUAUGAAGAAAUGACCUAUUAGAAUUUUUAUGUACGUAUAUUGUAGAAUAAGAUUUAUAUGUGACUUUGAUACAAUUUCGUUGAGUUCACGAAAUUUAUGACUAUUAUACACGAUAUUUUGCAAAAUACAUACAAAGAACAACUAGUAAUACCAGGCACAUACAAAAACAACUGGAAGUAUUUCAUUGAAAUGUCGUUAAGCUGUAUAAGUGAUCAAAAAAUGAACAAAACUUUAAAUAUACUUUGUAAAGGUAUUCUUGGUGUGAUCGAAUAGAUAUCAGUGUCUCGGAUUUAUCAUAACUUCGGCGAUAUACUGAAUUUCAUAGUAAUUAGGAACAAUCAGAAUAAUUGUAAUCAGAAUAAUAUUAGGUAUGAUAAGAAAAUAUUUCAAAAUUAGCAAUUUGUGCACGAGUAUAUUAUUGUAAAUAAUUCUUUCUCUUAUUUUCUUUUUUUGUUCUAAGUUUCUUUUAGAUGACCAAUAUCUUGAAAAGAUGGAGAGAUCUAUUUUAUAAAUGUAAUUGAUAUACAAAUUACUGCCUAUUAAAAUCAAAAUAGUGUACAUAUUUGAGGUAAAAUUAGGAAGGCAAUGUAUUAUUUUUAAGCAACAUAAGUAAAACUGUACGUUUAAAUUAAAAAUAAUGGUUAAGACAUUGUUUACAUAUAGUUAUAUAUUCGUAACUAAAAAUUUUUUACAAAAUUUAACUUACUAAGGGAAAACAUCAAUUUAUUCUAAAGACACCUCAUAGAUUGUGAUUCGAUUGAUUUUUGUGAAACAAGUUUCAGAAAUAAGAAAAAUUUUAUUUGCACACAUGUACACAAAAUGGUCCAAAUAAGUCAACAAUUUGCACAAUAGCACUCAUACAUCUUAAUGAAUCUCUAUGUUUUGUUGUAUAAUAAAAUGUGUACAUUACACAACAAUCAACUAUUUCGUAGUUGAUAAAAAUAUAAACAAUUUCUCAAAUUGCGGACACCUGUUUAAAUGUAAUUUUUAUAUUAAUUAAUGAUAUAUAAUUGUAUUAAUCAUUAUUUUAGAAAUUGUUUUUAUAAUACGAUAUUUAGCAUGUAACCUCAUACAUGUUGUCCGGAAUAGUAACAUAUGAACUUGUAUUUGUAGAUGUGACAGUAAAGAUCCAUCUGAGAUUUGUGUCUAGUUAUAAAUGAAUUUAACAUAACAGUUAAAAUUUAAAUUGCAAUUUUUUUUUAUUUAAUUUUUAUACACACUUUCAAAAAUUUUAGAUUAGUUUGCUAUUUAUGACUGAUGUUUUUUAGACUGUUUUUUAGAUCGUAGAUUAAAGAAAAUUUAAUUUUCAGAUUAUUUAAAGAAUUAAUUCAUAAAGAAUAUAGUGUACUAUUGAACGAUAUGUUUAUAUGUUUAAUUUCUUAUACGUCAUAUUAUCAUGUUUUAUUAUCAUGUUUUAUUAUCAUGUUUUAUGUAAUGCUUUUUAUAUAUAACACCAUUGAUAUAUAUG